AUGCCGCUGAGCGUUUCCGCCGAACCCGAAAGAGCAUGUUGGAGUGCCGUCUUCUGCUCUCUGCAGGCCUGCAUCUCUGAGCCCAUUAGAUUUAUUCAUUACGGGACUCUCGAUGUUGUUCGACGGCUUUUUUUUAGUAGAGGUGUAAGGGAAAGGGAAAGGGCAAGGGGAACGGGAACGGGAGAAGAAACUGCCAAUCCUGCUGAUGAGCAAACGGGAGACAAAAACUCUCCUGCUGCAGAUGAUGAUUACAGCGAGCAGCUUGCUGAAUACGGCCACAAUAGUGAUCGCUACGAUGGCAGUAACUGUGGCGACUACUAUGACACAGAUGGCGACUGGUCUGAGAUCGGUGGAUAUGAAGAGUACUACAGAAAGGAUAUUCCACCGAGUCUCAAAAUUGGCUAUGACGGAGACAGCAUUAAUCUAUCGAUGGCUUACAGCUUAUCUCGGGACUUGGUGGAGCUGUUAUCUGUGCGUCCCCGAUUUCCCUUCGUGGGCACCUUCGUUGCUUUCAACGAUCGUUCCCAUUACUACUGCAACUCGGAGAAUGGACCACUUCAUCGUAAUGUUGAUUCACAGGGUAAUUUGAUUCUCAGGGCAGAAGGGGCGGCGCUUGAGGACUAUGUCCGCAUUAAAGUUGAAAUCCCAGAGGAUGAUAACCGGAUUGACACUGCAAACUACGUCUUCUAUGUGGACCCAUACUUCUGUAACAAUGUCAUUGUCCACACAAUGCCAACAAGAUAUGGCCGUGAUAUAGACGUGUUUUUCGUGCCGAUGUAUCGUGCUAUACAGGCCAGAUUGUGCGUCAACCUUGAUCUCACAUCUGGCAGUGGCUGUAGCUAUGCAUAUGGCGAAAUCACAGCGCACCAUGAGUUCUACGGCGACUUCAAUGUCCUGCUUUUCCAGUGUGGAGAAGAUGAUAUGGCAGAGGUUGUCGAUGGCACACUUCCAUUGUUGCGGACUUGGGCAGCUGUUCCGAUAUACUUAGAGCCCCUCUUGAUAAUCAAGCUGAACCUUAGCGUUUUUACUAAUUCUGACCAUGUUAAUGACGGUCAUGCCAUCUCCUUCCAAGGUGAUCUUACCUUCUACCAUGAUCAGUAUGAAAAGGCAAUCUGCAAUGCUGACCAUGGUAAAGUUGAAGUGCAGAUUGGGUACCGUUAA